CAUCACGUCGUUGUGUCAAACCCGGAAAUAUACAACAAGAAAAAGCGGAUGUUUUCUCUCUAGGCUUGUUAACUUUUAUUUUUUCUCAAAACCAUGGCGGUUGCGAAGAAAGUCGUUGUAAUAGUUUAAUUUCUUUUUAAUUACUUUUACAUAAAACUUUCCGGGAUGCUGCUUUUAUCCCGCGCGGUUUGCUGCGCUUUUCUCGCGUGCGCUGUAAUGGCUGCGGUGGCAGCACGAGCGCUUCUAACCGGAAUGGAGCAUGGCAUAUUCUUGGCUCUCUGCGCUGUUACUCUGAGCAUAGCCUGCGCUCUCUGUGCUGCGUGUGUGAGAGCAGACAGGUGCAGUGUGUUCAGCGUCAUGCAUCACUUCCUGUCCGUUAGGCGCGUGAGUCAAACAGGGAGACGGCAGCGAGACGCACUGGAAAGAGACACCCUGUGUGUACGGAGAGCGCAGGAGGAGACGCUGCUCAGACGUCUGAGAGACACUAAACACACCCACUAUGGACUCGAGCAUCACUUUGGUUCUAUCACAGACUCUACGGAAUUCCGGAAGCGUCACCCGGUCACCACGUACGCUCAUUACGAGGAGCUCAUACGGCGAGUCGCCGCCGGAGAGACAAAGCUCGUCAUCACGGAGACGCCUGUCCUGACGAUGACCUCGGGGUCGUCAGGGUGCCCCAAAAUGCUCCUGAGCACCGAAGAAACCGACCGCGACUACUUUUCACAGGGCGUGUCCGUAUGCGCAGACGUCAUGAAGAAGUAUUUCCCGGGUACCGCGAGUCUCCAGACGACCUUCAGACUGGUUUACCCAUCGGCCGAGCGCUACUCCGAGGCGGGACUCCGAAUUUUGACAACGCCGUUUUCCUCCGAACACACGCACCGUCUUUGCACGAGUCCGCAGCCGUCUUACAAGGUGCAGAAUGAGCGCGACGUUCUGUACCUUCACCUGCUGUUCGCCCUGAAGGAUCGUCACGUCGGCAUCCUGGAGUCCAGCUUCUCCUUCCUGGUGCUCGACGCAUUCAGACUCCUGGAGGAACGUUGGGAGGAGCUGGUGGACGACGUGGAAUCGGGCCGGAUCAGUUCCAGGCUUCUUCUGGAUGCUCGGAUCAGGUCGGAGCUGGAAAGGCGACUGCAGGCGGAUCCUGUUCGAGGGGCCGAACUGAAGACUGCUGUCACCGAGGGCUUUGGAGGCAUUGCUCUCAAACUGUGGCCUCGUUUACACCUGAUUCACACCAUCGACUCGGGGCCACAUCAGAUUUAUGGAGAAAGUCUCAGGCAGCACUACUGCAGGGGCGUGGCCUUCUAUUCUCCGCUCUACGCCGCCUCAGAAGGUCUGAUCGGAGUGAACCUGUGGCCGCUGCAGGACAGGAGACAUUACCUGCUCUGUCCUCGCUCCAUUUUCUUCGAGUUUCUACCAGAGGAACAUUUAGAUGCUACAAACACACCCGACACACUGCUUAUGGAUGAAGUGGAGGAGGGGAAGAACUACGAGCUGAUAAUCACCAACGCCUCAGGACUGUUCAGGUGUCGCCUUGGAGACGUUGUGAAAGUCGUUGGAUUUCACAAUCAGUGUCCAGUGGUGGAGUUUUCUUACAGGCCCAGUGAAACGCUAAACGUACGAGCCGAAAAAGUGAACGAAGCCUUGUUUUUAGCCGCGCUUAAGAAAACGCUGACACAGUGGCCUGGCGCUAAACUGGUGGAUUACUGCUGCGCUGAGAGUGGAAUUCUGGGAGACUCAUCAGGAGGAGCUCAGCCUCAUUACCUGGUGUUCCUGGAGCUCACAGGGGUCAGGAACCUCACAGAGGUGCAGCGGUAUAAGCUGGAUGCGUGUCUGCAGGCAGACUCCGCCCUCUACAGGUCACUCCGGACCAAAGGCAGCAUCGGACCAAUGAGAGUGCAGCUCGUUAGCCAGGGGGCGUUUUACCAACUGAGGAGUCACGUGACGUCUUCCUGCCACACCUCCAGCAACACGUUUCAGAUGCAGCGCCUCAUCCGCAGGAAAGAGUACGCCGACUUCCUGCUGAGGAAAACCAUUUCCUGAUGGGCAGCACGGCAUUGCGGGACAGACAGAGCAAGAUAACCCAAAACGCCACCAUGUUCCCAUUGCAUCGCUAAAGAAUGCAAACAACAAAUCAUUCGACCUUUACACUGGUUCAUUAAAGCGAUAUAAACGAGGGUGUGUUAGCAAACUAGCUAAAUCUAUUAGCAUCUCAAAUGGUUCACCGAUAUGAUAGAAAACACGUGCCAUUGAACCUCUCAACUUCCUGUCAUCUUGAAAAGGUGAAAUUUGAAAGAGGCUAAAGAAGUAAAAGGGAAGGAAAAUGAAAAAA